CAAUUUAACCGUUUCACUACCACGCUAUUAUAAAAUCGUUACUCGGCGCGCAUUAAGAUGCUCUAAUGUUAUUACAGCACCUAAGGGUGAAAGAAAUGAUACAUAAAUAAUGGUAUUAUUUGUUUUUAUAGCUGUCCCAGGCACGCGCAAACAGAGAUGACAAGCUAGAGGCACGUGAGUAGUCUCUGGCUCACGUGACGGAUAGUUUUAGUCAUGGCCGACGAGUACAGACGACAAGGGUUUGAGUUGGAGAGAAGGGUAUUUGAGUUAGACAUCAAGUGUUCUAGUCUGAGAUUUGAAAAGCAAGAUGAUGACUAUUUACAGAAUGCGUCCGCCAUACUAGAGAAGUUGAAAAGCUAUUACAGCCAAGGAGGAGAGAGUAGCAACCUUUCCAAACUGCUUCAGGAUUACACACAGGUAAUCCUAGACAUCACCUUUUAUGAAGAGAAUAAAUUGGUGGACCAGGAGUUCCCUGAGGACUGUUCUCCAUUUAAAAUCCAGCAGCUGCUGCAAGACCUGACUGAGCCAGAAGUUUUGGCAGGGAGGAUAGCACCAACACAAGAGGUACAGUCUGUGUUGGGCCUAGAGCUGUUAGAAUGUCUCUAUUGGAGACGUGGAGCUCUGCUGUACAUGUACUGCCACACUCUUCAUCAGCGAAAACAGUGGAUCAAGAAAAAUAAGGACACAUUCCUUAAGUGUAUUCAGGAAGGUGUGCGCUACCUAAUGCGGAUGCUGCAGGUGAGAAACUCUGUGAAGCUCAACGAUGGGGUGGUGCUCCACGAUACUGCUACAGCAAGCAUCCUGUCUGAAGGCAUCUUCUCAGAUACACACCUGUUGACAAUGAUGUAUAUCGGGGAAAUGUGUUUUUGGGCAGUCAAGUAUGAGGACUGCAGCGCUGACACUAUGGAUCACAAAGAAGAUCGCCUCCAGUUUCGGGACAUUGGCACACAGAUCCUCAACAAAUAUGUGCUUGCCUGUGAGGGCCCUCUACAAGGCCAGGGGUGGAACACAGAGAAUGCCAAGGAAAUCCUUAGUAUUUUACAGUGAAUCAAGCUGUUCUUAUGUUGAUGUUGCCCCCUGGCACAGAUAUAAGCUCACUAUUCAAAUUUGUGACAACCCCAAACAAAAAUGGAACCCAUCAGGUGGGCUGUAAUGUUGUGGAAUGUUAAAGGUAGACACAGGGAUAACAUGUAUGUGAAGAAAAGGGUUUUGGAGGAGUAUCUACAAGUAACCUCAUCCAAAGCUAAAAGGCCAAGGCCAAAGUAGGUGAGUGAGAACUUA